AUGGCUGCUGGUCUAAAAUGGUUUCAAAUUUGUCGGACUGGGGACCAAUCAUUUAAUGAAAAACAAUUUUUUGAUUAUGAUGCUUAUACUUGUGCUCGUCUACACGAAAAAUUAGCAGACUUGAGGCCCUGUUUUGGGAGACGUUUUGGCCAUCUAGUAUGUGGACAGAAUUUUAGAAUGCUCUCCUUCGGCCUUUUCUGUAUUUUAUGUAUUGGAGCUAUUAUUGGAGGAAUAACAACAAAUAAAAAUAAUGCUUCAAUUGUUAAACUUGAAGCGACACACUUUUUAUUACCCAAAAGUCAAAGUCAAUUAUUUAUAGAAAAUUUCCAUUUCUCCUUUCCUAAAUAUGAGGAUUUUAUUGAAAUCAAUUUUGACGGCCCUCUAGACUAUGAAGAAAGAAAAGAACAAAUUUCUGGUCUCCUAAAUUGGCCAAUAGAAAUUGGGUUGGCAAAUAGAGCAGUUAGUUGGUUAAUUGAAUUUGAAAAGUUCAAGAAAACUGUAGCGUAUAGAAUCGAUGAGGUAAAUAAAUAUAAAUUAAUAUUUAAAUAUUAA